AUGUCUAGAUUGUUUACUGCCCUCCUCCUCCUUAGGCAAUGUUUUGCUUAUGAUACUCUCCUCGGGUUUAACUCACGCCCUUUAGUGGAGACUCGACCACUUGAAGAAAUUUAUGAUGCUGCUCUUAAAGAGGGUGGAACUGUUACUGUAUGGCAUGGUGGCGACGAAAAAAACCAACAGGAAUCAUUGAAAAGCGCCUUCGAGAGCCGCUUUCCCGGAAUGACUUUAAAUAUUACUGUGGAUCUUUCUAAAUAUCUCGACGGAAAAAUUGACCAGCAGCUAUAUAAUAACAACGUUUUUGUUGAUAGCAUUAUUCUUCAAACGCUACAGGACUUCCCAAGAUGGCAACAGGAAGGCGCCUUGCUUAACUACGCCCCCGUUGGAUUGGAUAAAGUUUACCCGGCAUUCAAGGAUUCUAUAUCGGCAUCAUGGUAUGGGUAUAGCAUCUUCUUUUGGAGCAUCUCUUGGAACACUCGCAAGCUACCAGACGUCAAGAGUAUAUCGUCUUAUGGUGAUCUCUUGAAACCGGAGUUCAAAAACCAACUCGUUCUAACUUAUCCUAAUGACGACGAUGCUGUUCUAUUUGCUUUUCAUCAAAUAAUGCAAGAGCUCGGAACUAAGUGGUUUGAUGGCCUUUUGAAGCAAAAUCCUCGAUGGGUUCGUGGCACUGCUACCCCCCUUACUAUUCUGAGCGCAGCCAAUUACUCUCAAUCGGCCACAUUUACAAGCUUUGGCGGCUUUAACCCAGGCAACAAUGUCAAAAUCAACUUCCCAAAUGACGCAAACUUUGUCAGUUGGCCUCAAACUGCCGCGAUCCUGAAGAACGCGCCACAUCCUGAAAGCGCAAAGCUGUUCCACAACUAUCUGCUCAGCUCUGAAUACCAACGCACCGUUAGUUUGAGUGUUCGACAAGACAUUAAGUCUUCUAACUCAUUAUAUCCCGACAUAAUGCACAUACCACGUACAAACCCGACAGCAUUUGCUAGGUUUAUGAAUGAUCGUAUAACCGUGGAACGAUUGAGGUUUUUCUUCGAGAAUCGACUCGGUUCAGCGCAAGGGUUAAGCCCGUUGGUCGAUGAUAUUUAG